AUGGCCGUCAUCUUGGGUAGACCGAGACAGCUCGCUGUUGUGGUGAUUCUUUCUGUUGUGGUCUUUGCUAUCUUUCAGUUCAGCUACACUGACGAUUUUGCCGUCGCCAGACACUUGUCAGAGUCUGUACAAAUAGUGGAUGAAUGUUCUCCUGGUGCACUCAAAGCUAUCGAUAACCCUCGUCCUAUACUCGAUCCUGCAAUACCAAACAUUGUCCAUCAACUAUGGAAAACAACCGAUGUCCAAGAAUAUUCCACCAAAAUCACAGCGUCUCGUGAAUCAUGGAGGGCCAUGCUUGAGCCCUCCAACUACACCGUCAAGCUAUGGACGGACGACGAUGUCCUUGAACUCAUCAAGGCAGAUUACACUUGGCUGCUGUCGACGUAUAAGGGAUACCCUCACGAUAUUCAGCGUGCCGACAUUGCGAGGCUGCUGAUCGUCCACUCCGAGGGUGGCAUCUAUUCCGAUCUAGACGUGUACCCCAACUCAGCUGAACAUAUUCAAUGCCUCCAAAGACUUGGCUUACAAGCGAUAUUCUCCCCAACGGCAGGCACACUCGGUCUCAGUAACCAUUUCUUUAUGGCCAAGCCUGGAUCUCCAUUCCUGCAGUGGGUGCUCUACGAGGCCAAGCGGCGCAGUAGCCGGCUCGCAUCACGAGCCAUAAUCCUGCCGUACCUGCAGGGCUGCUCGACGACGGGUUUGGUGGCUCGGUGGUACGACAUGCCGCUGGACGGUCCUGGCAAGGAGUGGACGGCCGAGCGCUGA